CGUGCUGAAUCUCUAAAAAAAAGUGGUAAAAGGCUUCAUAAAAUCAAUUUCAAAUAUAAUAGUCGGGAUGUUCUCGCAUGGUCUAUAGAGCAUGAAAACCAAGCUAAAAUGAAAGGCCUUUAUCCAAAAGUAUUAGAGGAGUUGCUUAUUAAACGAAUUUCUCUAAAAAGACGUCUUGCUCCAUUAAAUGAUAGAAAAGAAGAAUUAGAAAAGGAAAUUAGAUUGGCAGAAGCAAGGGGCGAGAAUGUUACAGAUGCUUUAAAAUCUGAAUACUCUUCAGUUUCCUUAUUGACGCCUGUCUAG